AUGUCGGUGAAUCCGCUGUCCGCAGAAUGGGCCGCGGCUCGGCUCAGAGAAGACGCGCACCGAUUGCAUCCGCCUCGACCAUGCGCGCAACCGCCCCUCCCCGUAUCACCGUGCCGUGCGCCGGAAGCGCGGAGAAACGGCUCCCUAAUCGUGCGCGUUGCGGCGAAGAAGGCUGAAGGUGGCACAAAGCAGGCGACGAGGCGCCGCGAGUUCUCAUUGGCUCUCGGUGGACGCGACACUGUUCACCAUCAGCACCUCCACUGGGCGCCACGCGUGUACCACCACGUCGACGUGGCGCUCAGCGACUCGGAGAAAAUGGGCGGGAAGAAGAAUGAGGGGAAGAAGAAAGCAUGGAAGAGAGAGGCCAUGAACGGCGCCGCGAUGGCUGCGAUUGCGGCGCGGGUGGAAAAGGCAAUUCCAGGCUUGAAGGGUUGCGUCGGAGAGAAGCGGACGAGAGUUGAGAUGCUCGAGGCGCGCCGCGUAGAAAGGCGAGCGCACUACCCGGACGACGCGGAGUCGCACGCCAUGGCUGCGACGAGGGACGGCGGGGUGAGGAGGGGCGACUACAACUACGACGAAGAGCUCGAGCGACUGCAGGGCGAGAUGGUGAAGUUGCAGGAGUGGAUUUCCCGCCAGGGGCUGCGGGUGGUGGUGCUCUUUGAGGGGCGCGAUGAAGCAGCCAAGGGCGAUCUCAUGGGCGCCAUCGCAGGGCCGCUCAACCCGCGCGUGUGCAGCGUCACGGCGCUGGGCGCCCCUUCCGACCGCGAGCGCACGCAGUGGUACUUCCAGCGCUUCGUCGCUCACCUGCCUGCUGCCGGCGAGAUGGUGCUGCUGGGCCGCAGCUGGUAUGCCCGCGCAGGCGAGGAGCACGUGAAGGGACUCUGCUCCGACGCGGAAUACCGAGACUUCCUGCGCUCGUGCCCCGAGUUUGAGCGCAUGCUGGUUCGCUCCGGCAUCAUCCUCGUCAAGUACUGGGUGUCUGUGAGCCCUGAGGAGCAGGAGCGGCGGUUUCGGGAGCGGCUGGCGCGGCCGGAGCAGCGGUGGAGGGUGAGUGCGGAGGACGUGGAGGCGCGGGCGCGGUGGGCGGAGUACUCGCACGCCAAGGACGUCAUGUUUGGCUUCUGCGAUGUCAAGCAGGCGCCGUGGUUCGUGGUGCCUGCGGACGAUGAUAGGCGCGCGCGGCUGAAUGUGUUGGCGCACCUGCUGGCGCUCAUACCAUAUGAGGACCUGCCGCUGCCCCACAGUGUGGCUCUGCCGCCGCUGCAGCAGGACUUCCAUGUGCGGCCGCCCGUGUCGGACCAGACCCACGUGCCGCAGCUGUUCUGA